AUGGCAAAAACUAAUCGUGUUCCAAUAUUUGGUUCACGGCCACCUUGUGCAUAUCAAUCUCGUCUUGAUGAUCGUAGUGCACAUUUGAGAGCAACUCAAAUUGAAAGAUCAAUAUCAACAUCUGAUAGAUCAGAAGAUUUUGUUUUUUAUGAAGAUUCUGAUGAAGAAGAAAGUACAGUGUCAUUGUGCAGUAUAUUAAAUUCUUCAUACAAUGUUGUUGACUAUAUAAGAACCAGAGAAUAUGGAAUGCGAGAGUAUCAUUCAAUAAAUCAGAAUCAUUGGGCCCGGCAUAUAUUGACAAACAAUAUAUUAAAAGAAAAAUCUAUACCAUUAAAAACAAUGGAUAAAGUUUUUUGUUCAAAAUGGCUUAGUAGUAAACAAAUUAUCUUUGGAACAAAAUGUAAUAAAGUAAGUAAAACAGAUAUAGUGUACUUGCAUUAAGUUUUUUAAUGUUUAAAUUAAAAGAUUUCUACCUAGUGUUUAGUAAAACUUAAAAUUUGUCAAUAAAACAAUUAGAUUUUUUUUGAUGUUUUUCUUUUAUUAAUACAAUUUUAUUUGAAUAUAUUCAAUUGAUAUUAGGUAUCUGUUUACUCACUAUUAACUUAUUAAAGAAUUAGUUAGUAGAUACCUACAACUAAACUAAUUUAUUUUAAUGAAAAGGGACAAAUGUAUGGGGUUCUUUCUUUAUCAUGACCUUGUUAACAUCAGUAGCGCUAAAUAGUAAUUGUAUUAACCCAUUGAGUUUUAGGAUUUUCACUCUCCCAAAAGACAUAAAAACAGAUAAAAGUGACAUUACUUCAAUUUAAAAUGAGUAUGAUUUUGCACCACUCAUCAAGUUCAAAUCUAUAACUUUGAGCAUGCAGUUCAAUGUCAUACUAAGUUAUUUUGUGCUUUCUUUGUUUUGUAUUUUACUAUCUUUUGAACUAAUCCAUUGAAAAUUCAGCAGAUCAUGUUCUACCGUAUAUUUUGUUGUUUAUUUAAUAUGAACCAUCAAUAUAUAUGAAUAAUAAAAUUUAACCGUUAGUUCUGUAUUUGCCCAAUUAAGCUAUCUAUUGUCAUCCUCAAAAAUGUAAUUUUGUGUUUCCUAUGUAACAUGAGGGUGUACUUACCACUGAACUGACUAGAAUAUAUUUAAAUGUUUCUUUUAUGUUUUUAGUUAAUGGUUUAUAAUGUUGAUUCACACGAUCUGGACCAAAUACCAUUAAUUAAAGGACGUAUUGAUGAUUCAGAAAAUCAACUAACUGGUAUUCAUUCAUUAAAAAUAAACCCAUGUAGGUCAUUAUUAGCUACAGGUGCAUAUAAUUCAAAUGAAAUUGCUGUAUACAGAUUGCCCACAUUAGAUCCAAUUGUUUUAGCUGAGGUAUAAUUGAAUUUUUUCUUAUAUUUUGUUUUAAAUUAUUAAUUAAAUUAAAUUAAUAUUUCAUUAGGGCGCUCACAAAGAUUGGGUAUUUGACAUAGAAUGGUUAGAUAAUGAAUUUUUUGUCAGUGGAUCUCGUGAUACCAAUCUUGCACUAUGGCAAAUUCAAGAUCAAUAUGAAGAACAGUAUGAUAUUGAUGGUGAUCUCAUACAACCAGUCACUCAAUUUCUUAGCCCUAAAGUAAUAAAAAGCUGUAGAGCAGCAGAAAAAAUACGUGCAAUCAUAUUCAAUAAGAAUUUAAAAGAAAUGGCUACAUUAUCAUUAAAUGGAUAUGUUCAUAUUUGGGAUGUUGAACGAUUUAAACAAGUGAAUGAAAUUUUAAUAUACUACACAUUAUUAUUUACAAUAGUUAUACAUUAUUUUAAUUCUUUGUUUUAAAAUGUUUAAAUAUUGAAAUGAAAUAAUAUUAUUUUGGCCAUGAGUUAAUAAGUAAGUAUCUAUAUUCUUAGCAAAAAUCAUAUUUGGUUAAUAUAGUCUAUGUUAAAAAUAAAUAUAAAUAUUAAAUAAAAAGAAAAUGUAAUGUUCAAUAGGUAUGCACCUGCUAGACAAAAAGCUGGCACAAAUCCAUCAAUGAUCAGUAUUUUUAAUAACAAAACUGCACUUUGUUUAAGUUUUAAUUUUGAAAAGUUUGUCAGUGUUUUGGUUUAUGGACAUUUAAACUAACACUACUGUUAUUUGUUCGGUAUUGGUUCAGUAUUAAUUAAGCUUGCUCCAUUGAUAGAAUAUCAUUUAUCAUCUAAUUGUAGUAAUUAAUACACAUUUUAAUACUUAAUUUGUUCUUUUGUGUUUUGCAAAUAGUGGAUCUUGUUAAAUCUAUUCUUUAACAAUUCAAAGAAUAUGAUAUUAAUUUCAAAAAUGAGUUUUAUAAACUUUUUAGUUUUUAAUAGUAAUAAUUUCCAAUAUUUUACUAUAUUGAUAUUAAUAUAUAAAUAUAUAUAUAUAUAUAUUUAAGAUUCUGAAUAAAGCUAAGCUUUUUUUAUGAGGGCAACUUUUCUACCAGAAAUCUUGCUCUGAUUUUUAAGUGUAGCAACUUUUCUGAAAGGAAAUCAGUCUGGAAAGGUACUGUAGAAUCAAUUUUUGAUUUUCCUGGACUAUUCUUAAUAAAUGGGAAAAACACUAUCAACUGAAAAACUCUGCUCAGAAUUGUUUUUCGUUAGCAAUGGUUUAUUGUUGCUUACCAAUAUACAUUAAAUUUCUCAUUUACAACAGUGGCCCACACAAAUGUGGAGUUUGUCUCAUUUUUUUCAUUUGACUUUUAGAGAUUUUCAAGAAGAUUACCAAGUAACCAAGAUAAUGUCUGUAUGUCAUUGAAAAGUGAUAGCAGUUUAUAUGCAAUAGGAUGUCGUCCAUAUGCAUUACUACUUGAUUCGAGAAUGUUGCAAGCUGUAAAGAAGGUUUAUGGAAGACAUUCAGGAUGUGGUUUGUAUAUUUUAAUGUCUUAAAAUAUUAUUUUUAAUAAGUAAUUACAUUUAAAUAAAGUAAAUAAAUAUAUAAAAAUAAAUGAAUGAAUAAAUAGAAAAAAAAAUUAUACAAAUUGGCUGUUUCACAUAAAAUAUAGAAAUAAUUUAAUUGAGUUAUUAAACAUAGAUAUGUUAAGAAAUAUAAAUGAUUUCAUUGUUAUUUAUUAUUUAAAAUGUAUUAAUAUAAAAUAUUAUUUUUAAAAUCGGUUUGAACAUUUAAAAUAUUCAUAAAAUUAUUUUUCUUCAUUUCAUUGUGUAUGUGUAAUAUAAAAAAAAUGUAGUUAACUACUUAAACAAAAUAAAUAAAAACAUUCAAUUUAUACUCAAAAUAUAAAUGAAUAAUAAAUUAAAUUUCCUAGAUCUUACAGUUUCUAUAAUAAACAAUAAAUUUGAUUUUAGUAUUUAGGAAACCUAAACAAACUAAUUCCAUAGGCUUGAAUGUAUUCCAUUAAAUAAACAUAAUUAUCAACAUGAGCUCAGUAUUAUUUAUAAUAUAAAUUAUAAGAAUAAUUUAAAUUUAAAUACUAUUAAAAAAAAUCAUAAAUUUAUUAAAGAUAAAGUAAAUACACAACUCACUAAAUAAUGUUGUUAAUUAUUGUAUUAUGAAAUAUCAAAAUAAUAUGUCUAACAAAUUUUCUAAAAUUCUAAACAAUAAUACAAAUAAUGUAAAAAUCCCUUUCAAGACUAAUAAUAAUUUAAUUAAACAUAUAAACAAUAGAAUUAAAAACUUCACACAAAAUUCCCCUUUUUUUGAAAAUGCUGGUAUGUAUUAACUUAAAUGUAACUAUAAUAAAUUUUAUUUAGGAAAGACAAAUAGAAAUUUUAAAAUAAGAUAUAAAGAACACUUUUCUGAAAUAAAAUUAAAAAAUACUACCCCUAAAUCGAAUUUGGAUAUAUUUUAUAAAGAAAAAAACCAUCUAAAAAAAAUUAAAUAAUUCUAUUUUAAUUAAUUUUAUUUCAGUAAUCAGAUCUUUAAGUUUUCAAGAUAAUUUAAUGACAAUUGGAACAGGUGUUGGUGCCAUGUUGUUCUAUGAUGUACGUGCUGCAAAAUACUUAGAGAUCUCUAAUGCUAAUACAAGUAGAGUAGUUGUAUUAAGAACAAGUCAAGGUUAUAUUGUGAGUGCUAUAAUUUGUACACUUAGUAUGCACUUGUUAUUAUUUUAUUUUAUCUUAUGUUUAAUUUUUAGUGGUCUGAUGAAGAUGAUAAUAUAGCAGAAAGUCUACGAAAUGUGAAAUAUACACCAGCAAUUUAUACACAUUGCUAUGACUUCUCAGGGACAAGAUUAUUUUCUGCAGGAGGACCAUUGCCAUCUGAUAUGUCUGGGAAUUACGCUGGUUUAUGGCAAUAA